AGCAGGCAAGUCAGAAUGCAGAUUACCAUCCGAACAUCUUCGGGCGCUCAGACCGUCGACUGCGACGCCUGCGACAGCAUCGAGCUCAUCAAGCAGAGGCUCCAGAGCGAGAAGGGGAUUGUUUGCCCUGAGAUCUCUUACAACGGAAGAAUCUUGGAGGAUGUUUGCACACUUGAUGACUAUGACGUCUCAAACUCUGCCGUCCUCGAUGUUUUCGCUCCCCUUCGUGGAGGAAAGCAGCACGGUUCCCUUGCCCGUGCCGGUAAGGUUCGCGGUCAGACACCAAAGGUAGAGAAACAGGACAAGAAGAAGAAGAAGACUGGCCGUGCCAAGCGUCGCAUCCAGUACAUCCGUCGCUUUGUUAACGCAGUUGGGGGACAGUUUGCCAAGAAGAGCCCCAACUGCCUCGCCUCUCAGCAGAUGCGUGCUGGCGUCGUCCGCACGGAAUAGAAAUUUUGCGUAUGAUUUGUUUGAUAAACAUGCUCGAAAAGUGA